UCACCCUGGCCAAGAUCCGCAAGGCCGCGCGGGAGCUGCUGACGCUGGACGAGAAGGACCCGCGGCGCCUGUUUGAGGGCAAUGCCUUGCUUCGGCGACUGGUGCGCAUUGGAGUGCUGGACGAGGGCAAGAUGAAGCUGGAUUAUAUCCUGGGUCUGAAGAUUGAGGAUUUCUUGGAGAGGCGUCUGCAGACCCAGGUCUUUAAGCUGGGCUUGGCCAAGUCCAUCCACCACGCCCGUGUGCUGAUCCGCCAGCGCCACAUCAGGGUCCGAAAGCAAGUGGUGAACAUCCCAUCAUUCAUCGUCCGCAUGGAUUCCCAGAAGCACAUUGACUUCUCCUUGAGCUCUCUGUAUGGGGGUGGCCGCCCAGGCCGCGUCAAGAGGAAGAAUGCCAAGAAGGGCCAGGGUGGGGCUGGCGCCAGCGAUGACGAAGAGGAGGAUUGAGCCCACCCUUCCUUCCAUCCAUCCCCCCUGCCACCCUCUGGGGCCCGUGGAUUGUCUAGUUUCUCUGUCACAUAAUAAAAGAACCAGUGCUUUGGAA